AUGUCGCGAUCUAUGACCGCCGCGCAAGUUAUCGCAGCCGGCGACUACCUCAAGCCCGACUUUGAACCCAGCUCCCUCACCGUCUCCCAACUCCUCGGAAUCUUCGGUUAUCACAACGUCAGAUAUCCCACGCCAUACACCAAGCCGAAGCUUGUACAGCUAUUCAACGACGAGAUCAAGCCCAAGUCAAAGUCUUUCCAGAAGGAACGCGUCAAGGCCGAGAGCAGCAUUGCGAGUGAUGAUGGUAUUAAGGAUGGUAUGACUGGCGAAUAUCUCAGCCAGCCUCAGCAACCACUGCGCCGCUCUUCGCGCCGUAGUUCACGUGCACCUACGGCCGAACCCGAACCUACCCAGCUUGAACCCCCUAAACGUCGCCGUGUUUCACGACAACCUUCUGUCGGACGCGCAAAGGCCGGCCGAGCUGCUGCUGAGCCUGUUGUCGUCGAGGAGAGCGAACCAGAGGAGGAACAACCACCUAAGAAAGUGGGUCGCUCGAAGAACUCCGAGGACGUCGGAUCGCGUCCGCGGAAAGUCUCACAAUCCUCUGCGUUCGCCGAGGAUAGCGGAUGGGAGGAUAACAACAUGUUCCAGUCUGGCGCUGAGUCGUCAUCGCCUGCACGCGCGAAGCCACGAUCCCGGAAGAGUGCGCCGAAGUCGGCCGCGGGACCAACCCGGCGGACCACACGCAAGGUCUCUGCACCACCACCCGAGCAAUUGCCGUCCUCGUCGCCGCCUGCAUCGGAGGACGAAGAGGAAGAGGAAGAACCAACUCAGAAGCCAGUCUCACGCCGGCGUCCCGCUGUCUCUCCUGUGCGCGCUCCUCCAUCCCCGAUCCGUGCACCUCCAUCUCCAUCACCGGUGCACUCUUCUCCGCUUCAUGCGCCCGUCUUCGAACCCGAACUACCUUCUCCGGUCGUCAGGCAGAGCAAUAUGUUUGGGAAUGUCGGACGUACGCCAGCCAAGACCACCGCCACACCUGGAAAGGCCACGCGGACGCCCUUCACGCCGAAAGACGGGCCAUUUGCCUUCAACGAGCCACCUCUACCGCCCGCUUCUCCCUUUGUCAAACGCACUCCGGCUCGUGUCACAGCAGAAGUCGUUCCAGACUCCGACGAAGAAGAUGAGCUCUCUUUGCAGCAAAGUGGCGUUCAGGACUCGGUGGAGAGUUAUGAAGAGGAUGAGGAUGCGACGCAAGUUCGGAGGGUCGGCGAGGCUCUCGGAAGGACACCAUCAGGCUCCGCGCUUGUCGAAUAUACUCCACCGCCUGAGCCUCGGGCCAGCCUCUUCCCUCGACUGAUGCUCUUACUUGUUAUGGGCCUCGCCGCACGCCUUGCGUACCCAUGGAAGCAGCAGUCCAUCUCAAUUGGCUUCUGUGAUCCCGGCUCGGACACAAACGAGGCACUUGAAGCCGUACGGGCGCAGGCCAAACUCAUCACGGCUUGUCAGGCUGAGAAUCGAACGACGCUGUACCCGGUGUCCGACGGCGCUUCAACUGUCGGAAUGGAAGCGUGCCCGAAUAUCUUUGAUAGCGUCGAGAACUUCUUCGGUCCUCCCGAUGUGUGCACACCUUGUCCAGCCGACGCCGUGUGCAAGGGCCGGGAGAUUACCUGCACCAACAACCUGGUCGUCCGACCCCAUCCGGCCUUGUCCUUCGCCCGCUUCCCUCUCACUUCGACCGUCAAUGUCUCGUCCCUGCCAGAGAGCUUCCCUCAGACCACCCGCGCUGUAUACGAAGUCGCUUCAUUCGUGUUCGACGGGCUCCCUCGCUUCGGACCCAUCGCGUUCCCUCCGCACUGUGCCGUGGACCCUUUCCGGGAGAGGCGAAUUGAGGGCGUGGGAUCAGCCAUUCAGAAGAGGCUGAAGCAAGUUCGCGGAGUUGUCACUUGUGCUGGCGCCUCAACGUCGUUCUCCGACGCCGAAGGCGGGGAAGCGCGGCAAUUUGGCCGAGAACGCAAGCAGUUGUUUGAUGAAACUCACCCUGAGCUGAAUGAAGAACAGCUGAAGAACUUCGAGCACAUCUUUGAUGUCGCUAUGCAGGAGCUUGAACAGGCCGGCGUUCUGGUCACUGGUCUCGAUAAGGAGGGCCAUGUGUACUACGCACAUAAGACGGCCGACAUGGACAUUUCCUGCGCAAUUAGAGUGAAGAGCCGUGAGGCUUGGAAAGAAUGGCAGGUCUCUGUCCUCACGACAGCCGGUAUGGCUUUGACGUUCAUGUACAUGCGCUACAGCCGUGCCGCUACCAACGCGGAGAAGGCCCGCGCGAAGGAGCUUAUCCCAAUCGCGUUGGAUAUGCUCCGCAACCAGGAGAUCUCCCACUAUGUCGACCCCGUACAGGCCGAGCCCCGCAUACCAUCGCUGCAGCUCCGUGAUACAUUACUAGCAGAUGAACAUUCUGUCACCCGCCGGACUCGCAUCUGGGAGCAUGUCGCGCGUGUUGUGGAGGGAAACGCGAACGUGCGUGUUAACGAAGACGAGACCGCUGCGGGCGAUGAGGCGAGGAUGUGGACUUGGGUGGGCGAAGGAGGGAGGAAUAUCGCUUAUGAAGGUCAAGGUGGACGUGUCGUCGCUUGA